AUGCUGCUCGCGCGCCUGCCGCGCGCCGUGCUGGCGGCGACGCCGCUGCUGGCGCACGCGCACUCGUCGUCGAGCAAAGCGGCGGCGCCGCAGCCCGCGACGCUGCGCGUCGCCGUGGUGCAGAUGCUCGUCGGCGGCGACAAGGCGGCGAACCUCGCGCGCUGCGCGGGCCUGCUCGAGCGCGCCUGCGACGGCGGCGCGCAGCUCGUCGUCCUGCCCGAGGUCUGGAACUCGCCCUACGCCGUGGACCAGUUCCGCGCGCACGCGGAGCCGAUCGCGGAGCCCGGCUCGGGCGGGUCCGACGGCCCGUCCGUCGAGCUCCUGCGCCGCGUCGCUCGGGACCGCGGCGUCCACAUCGUCGGCGGCAGCGUCCCGGAGCUCGGCGCCGACGGCCGCGUCUACAACACGGCGCCGGUCGUCGCGCCCGACGGGUCCGUCGUCGCGAAGCACCGCAAGGUGCACCUCUUCGACAUCGACGUGCCCGGCCGCAUCCGCUUCUUCGAGUCCGAGACGCUCGCGGCGGGCGACGAGGCCACGGUCGCGCCCCUGCCCGCGGCCCUCGGCGGCGGCGCGCUCGGCGUCGCCAUCUGCUACGACAUGCGCUUCGCCGAGCUCGCGAUAUCGAUGCGCGCCAAGGGCGCGACGGUUCUCGUCUACCCGGGCGCGUUCAACACGGUCACGGGCCCGCCCCACUACCAGCUCCUCGCGCGCGCCCGCGCCCUCGACGCCCAGGCCUACGUCGUCGCCGCGAGCCCCGCGCGGAACCCGGAGAGCGACUACCAGGCCUACGGCUACUCCGUCGUCGUCGACCCCUGGGGCGCGCCCGUCGCGGCCGUCGACGGCCACCACGAGGACGUCAUCUUCGCCGACCUCGACCUCGCCAAGGUCGACGCGACGCGCGCGUCCAUGCGGCUCCUCGACCAGCGCCGGCCCGAGACGUACGUCCCGAAGUAG